AGCAACAUCUUCUCUGUAUAGAGUAUUCUCUCGCUUAAGUUUAGGGGGUUAUCAAUCGCCCAAACUGCUCUAUAAAGAGUCUACUUUCGCUUAAGUUUAAUAUGGUCUAGUUAUCAAGUUAUCUCUCCCUUAAGCCAAAGCUGCUGAAGUUCAUUCUCGUUUAAGCUCAAGCUGCUCCAUAUAGAGCUUUUUCCUAAGAUAUAAAAUCCACUCGCUUAUUUUCAAGUGGCUCUACAUAGAUUCAUCUCCUUCUUAAGCUAAAUCUUUUCUAUGUAGAUCCUUGUAGGGUAAACACAAACUACUCUACAUAGAAUGCACUCUCGCUUAAAUUUAAGCUACCCUAUAUAAAGUCCAUUCUCGCUUAAGCUCAAGCUGUCCUAAAUAGAGCUUUUACUCCCUCAUUCAGCAACGCUAUAUAUAGAACCUUUUCUCGCUUAUGCUCCAUCUGCUCUAUAUAAAGAACCCUCUCUUACUUAAGCUGCAGCUGUCCUAGAUAUAGAGCCUUCUCUCGAUUAAGAUCCAGCUACCCUAUAUAUAGAGCCUUCUCUCUUCUAAACUCAAGUAGCAUUUAGAAACUACUCUCAUUUAAGCUACUGACUGUCCACAUGGAGUCAUCUCUCGCUAAAGCUUUUAUAAGGAGUAAUCUCUCGCUUGGGCUGAAGCUCAAGCUGAUAUAUAAAGAGAACUACAUCGGAGCCUUUUCUCGCUUAAGAUCCACCUGCCCCAUAUAAAGUAAACCCUUGCUUAAGCUGACAUACAUAUAGAACCUUCUAUCGCUUAAGCUCCUGCUGCUCUAUAUAUAGAGCCUUCUCUCGCUUAAGCUCCAGCUGCUCUAUAUAUAUAGGGCCUCUUCUCGCUUAAGCUGCUGCUGUUAUAUAUAUAGAGCCUUAUGUCGCUUAAGCAUAAGCUCCUGCUGCUCUAUUUAAGCUCCAGUGCACUAUAUAUAGAGCCUUCUCUCGUGUAAGCUCCAGAUGCUCUAUAUAUAGAGACUUCUCUCGCUUAAGCUCCAGAUGCUCAAUAUACGGAGCCUUCUCUCGCUUAAGCUCCAGCUGCUCUAUAGAGUCUUAUCUCGCUUAAGCUGCAUCUGCUCUAUAUAUAAAUCUUUCUUUCGCUUAAGCUCCUUCUGGACUAUUCUCCUCUCACACUGAAGCUCUAUCUGUUUAAGCUUUGGCAUAGGCAAGAGUAGACUUCAUUAAGUGUUGCUUAAUAUUAUGCUAAAUUUGACUUUAUGAGCUUAAGCUAUAAAAAGUAAUCUCUCGCUUAAGUUCAGGCUGUCAUCUCUUGUUUAAGCCAAACCUAGCUUAAGCCCAAGCUGCCCUAUAUAGAAACUUCUCUCGCUUUUUUAUAUAUAAUAGACCAUUCUCUCACUCUAGGUAUUCUAAAGUGCAGGUUUGUGAUCAGUUCUGUUUAAUGUUGAAACUACACAUUAAAUUCCUCAAAGAAUUUAUUAUGAUUGGGAUAGAAAUAAAUGUGUCAUCGGUUUAUUCACUGCAUGCAAAGAUUAAACAAAUUCCGUAUGACAUUUCCAGUGAAAUAUUAAAUUAUUAGGGGAUUCUGGGGGAUUUUCUAUAAAACAAAGAUAUUAAUUAAUUAAAAACUAAUAAUUUUUAAUAACAUUAAUAAAUAAUUUAAAAACAAAUCAAGCGUUUAAAAAAGAACUUAUUCAUCACGAACAAGUUGUGAUAAAAUAGGGAAUCCCCGAGUAAAAUCAGCUACAGAGAGGCAGAAAGAUUAAAAGAGAGAGUGAGAGUUAAGUAGUCAAUGACAACCAACAAUUUUAACCCAAAAACUAUUGACAAAUGAAUCCUAGUUAAAAAGGAAAACAACACCUGUUUAGCUAGUAAAAGGAUUUGUUACACGAAAAAAGGACACUUGAGCUAAACAAAAUAGAGAGUGAAAAGAGGGACUUUAGUUAAUUUAACAUAAAUUACAAGGUUCAUUGGUUCAGCAACACCCUGUAAAUGAAACUAUAGUGGACAAAACCAUAUGGUUUAUUAGCCUUUUAGAAGGAAAAUUAUAAAAAGUAAACGCGACCAAGCAUGAACAGGUUCAAAUGACAGUUGCAAAGUAGUGCUGUCUUUAUUGCUCCUACGGAGUUCUCAUUGAUGAUGAGUGAGCAUGUGCCUUCGAAGAGAAGGAACUAAAGAGAACAAAAAUAAUUGCGCAAAAAAUUCUUAUUGAAAUUUAUAAAUUGUAAAGGAAAUACAUUUUGGGUUUUCCUGUAGACAAAUGAAAAUAAAAUUUAGUUGAAAUAAAACGACGGUAAUGAAAACACAUCCUGGGGAAAAACUAAACGGAUAAACGUUACCCAAAUUGUUAAAUACUAAAAUAGUGUGGAAAAGUGAAAAAAAUAAUUAAAUUGUUAAAAAAAAAUUGAAAACUUUAAAAAUUAUUUUUUAAGAAAAAUUUUAAAAAUUUAAUAAAAUGAUUCUAAACAUGCCCGUUAAUAACGGCGCAAUUAACUCCCCCGUGUCUCAAGGCCAAAAUGAAUAUACAAAUUUCCUUAAACGCAAAUACUCCGAGCAGGAACUGGAGCAAAAUGUUACUUCCCAUACAAACACGGAAUUUGAAAGCACAAACUCCCACAGCAAUAAUAAUUGGAAAAAAAGACAUAUAGACCCCCAGGAGGAGCCAGGAAAUUAUAAUCAGACUCUUAGCACCUUCAACCAAGAAACCUAUAAACCCCAGCAGGAGCAGCCAACACAUCAUACUAAUAAUGAAAAUCAGGAUAACAAUACGGGAACCUUUAAUAUUACAGCAAAUAGUUCUUUUAUCAAUGAUCUCUUUGCCUACGAUGCCAAUUUAAUAGUGCCAGUAUCCGUGAAUAGUUUAAGUGACAGUGUUUUAGCCGAAACGGCCAACUUUAGUACACCUUCGACGGUGUGUGUUAAUGCCAAUGUGGACUAUGAUGAUAACGGGGAACAAUGGCAAGCUUCCGAUUUAUUAGAAUUAGAUCAUCGUUAUAACUCUAGUCUACAAACAGAAAUAUCACAAUUAAAUCCCACGGUAAACCUCAAGAAUCAAAGCGAGGUUACCUCCUUAAACACCAAUACAGUUGAGGACUUGCAUCACCCAACAGCACAUUGUUUUGUUCCUCCUAAAUCUUUAGUUCCACAAAACCCUAAACAUUUAACAACAACAACUACUGCAGCCCAUUCCUCCCCUUCCUCGUCAAACACCUGCUUUACACCCGAUAAUCUUGAACAAGAUUGUGAUUUUGAGGAUAAAAAUCUUUCGUGGUUGUUGAAUUUUAAAUUCGAUGAGUUUCCUCAUCUUAAUCCAGAUGUGUCUCAACUAAAUAAUAGUGGUAAAAAUUUUAAAUCCACGGGAAAUCCGGGUUUUAGUAAUCUAAAUAAUACCUCCACUACCUAUGCGACUUCAACAGUUAUGACUUCGGUUUCUAUGGGUAAAUUGACGCAUAAUUCAAAUUCUACGGUUAAUGGUUCCUCGUUUAGUGAUGGCGGCUCCAAAUCCCCUAAGAAUUCGAAUAAAACGGGUAAAAAAUUUGAGGAAUUGGUAAUGGAAGUAACAUCGGAAUUGGAUGGUAAUGAUAUGGUUGUAGCGGAAAAUGUUGUCAUCGAGGAGACCUCACACAGAGCGCCUAAGAAACCACCAUUUACCUAUACGGAGCUCAUAGAAUACGCCCUUGAGGAUAAGGGUGAAUUAACAGUGUCCGGCAUUUAUCAAUGGAUAUCUGAUCGCUUUCCCUAUUACAAAUCAAACGAUGAUCGCUGGAAGAACUCUGUAAGACAUAAUCUUUCCAUUAAUCCACAUUUUCGCAAGGGUCAUAAAGCGCCACAAGGUGCGGGUCAUCUGUGGACAAUAUCAAGUGGAGAUUCGGCGGAAAAUGUUUUAGCCUGGGAGCAUAAAAAACAACGUUUAGAUUUAUUCUUUAAAAUGGAAUCAAUGAAUCGUGAACGCUUGCAACAGCAUCAUCAGAAACAGCAACAGGAACGUUUACUGCAAAACGGUGGCGGAGGUGGACAACAUAAGCAUGUGGGCUGCCAACAGGAUCAAUGUUUAUAUGAUGAAGCUGCUGUGGCUGCUGCCGCUAUACAACAGGAAAUGUUGCAACAAACUCCAACUCAUAAUAACAACAAUGAUGCAUCUAUACAAAAUCAAAAUUCUCUACAUGAUAUGGAUUCAGCUGGGGGACAUGUUAUGCAUGAAUUGCCCUACAAUGAUCUCUUAACGGAUGAGGAAUUAAGAAAAACGGCGGGACAAAUUUUAAAUGGUAUACAUAGAGAGGUGGAAGUGCAAUCUGUGAAUCAAACCAUAAUUGGCACUUAUCAAGAUGUACUACUGGAUAAUGAUUAUCUCAAUCCCAUACACAAAGAUGUUGUAGUCAAUGAAAGCGGUCUAAGACAUUCUUCUCAUUCUUCUAUAUCCUCACACUGCCAUAGCAAUCAUUCCUCUUCGGCUCCCUAUUAUGUUACCGAAAUCGAUCCUAUGGAAUUGGGCAUACAAAUAUCGAAUCAUCAGCAACAUCACCACCAUCAUCAACAUCAUUCUCAUCACCAUUCUCAUCAUGCUUCCAAUAGUGAACCUUCCACUUCAGUGUCUGAAGAAUCGGAUGUUGUUUUAUUUAAUGAUGAAUUCAAUUUAAAUUAUUUCACUUAUAAUCCAGCCCAUGAUAUUGUUGCUUGACCCAAAGAUCAGCAAUCUCAGCAACAACAACAACAACCACCACCUCCUUUAAUCAUAAUGGUUCCACCUAGUUCGUAAAUUUUUAAAUUAUUUUUAACUAGUCAUUUCUUUUAUAGUUCUAUAUAAUAAGUUAUUUUUCCGCUGUAAGUUUAAAUGCUUAAAUAUUCUUUUUCUAUAGAAGGUUGUACCUUCUAAAAGGGAAAUUUUGUAAAAAUUUAUUUCAAAUCUUAUCUAGUCGUUUUGUAAAUUUAGCAUUAGAACUAGUUAUAAUAUUCGGCCCUAUUAUUUAUCGUAGUUGUUAAAAACAGUGAUCGCCACCAGGGGUUGACAGCAAUAACUACACAAAAAUUACAAUUUCUAAAUAAAUUUUCCAUACAUUCAAAUUGUAAGCCGUCUUUGUACCGCACACUGGUUGUAGUGAUUUAACGACUACGGCAAUCAUAUUAGGACCGAGUUGAUAUUUGUAUAUGUAAAAUUACUCUUGA